UAAAGCAAACUGUACUAUUAGAGAUGGUUGAUUGAUUUAUUCGAUACAUUUCGAAACAAAAAAGAACAGGGAUACAUGUAUAUGACACAGCAUAACGAUAAUAACAGUUGUUAAUCGGAUUCAGUGUGUUUUUAUGUUAAAUUAUUGUGACUACACUAUUCAUUGAUCUGUGUACAAUCAUUGUUGACAAUUAAUGAAAAUUCGCUUGACUAUUGUCAUUCAAAAAAAUGGAGGAACGGAAGAUACCGAUUGAUAUCAAUGCAGGUAAAUUGUUAGAAUGGUUAAUCAGUAGGCGACAUUGUGAACGCAAUUGGCAAGAUCACAUUUUAGUCAUCAGAAGAAAAAUUAAUAAUGCUAUACAAGAUAUGCCAGUGCAUGAAGAAAUAGCAAAAUUAUUAACGGGAACUUAUAUUAAUUACUUUCAUUGUAAGAAAAUCGUGAAUAUUCUUGAAGAAACUGAAGCUAAUUCAAAAAACUUUUUUGGUCGUUAUGGAUCGAAGCGUAUGAAAGAUUGGCAAGAAAUUAUUCGUUUAUAUGAAAAAGAUGAUGUAUAUCUUGCUGAAGCUGCGCAGAUGUUAAUAAGAAAUAUUAAUUAUGAAAUACCAAGUCUCAAGAAACAGAUCAACAAAUUAGAUCAGACUAAGCGUGAAUUGGAACGAAAAAUGUCGGAAUACAAAAAAUCAGAAAUUAUUGCACGAUCUGAAUUUUGUACUUUGUGUAAAAAUUUAGGAAUAUCAGGUGAAAACAUAAAAAAAGAACUUGUCCAGCGCAUAGUUGUGUUACCUGAACUCUAUGAUACGAUUGGAGAAAAAAGUAAAGCUCUUAGUAAUGUUAUUGAAUUUUAUAAAGCUUUUACUCACUUUACACUUGGUACAUAUUUUAAUAAUGAUUGUGUGCCAAUAAUCCAAUACAUAAUAGAUAAAGGCAAUACAACAACUUAUGAAUGGAUUUACGGUGAGGCUCCAGCUUCUGUUGUAGAACCAACAUUAAAGCAUAUUCAAACUGACCCUGAAGAUUGUUCUAGUAUUGAUUUUGGUGACACAAACGACGAUUCAUAUAACUUAAAUGAUUUCGAUGAGUUACAUAAUGAUAUAGAGGUGGAUUGGAAUACUAAUGAUGUAGAGUUUGAGAAUAAAGAAAAAAUAGAUAUUAAUAUGCCAUUUGAAGAAUCGGGUAUUACUGUUGAAUCAAUAAACCUCAAAGAUGGUAUUGCUACAGGAAAUGAAGCUUUACGGAUACUUGAUAAUCCCGAAACACGUAACGAUUUUAUCGACCAACUUUUAGAGUUAAACGCGUUUCUCAAAUUACGUUUAUAUGAGCUCAAAAAUGAAAGCAACAAUUUAUUUAACAUGAGUCAAAUCCAAGAAGCUUCAGCUGUUCUACAACUAUCUACAUUAGAUAGUGUUCAAAAUAUGUUAGAUCAUGUACAAGUUGUAUUAUCUGCCAUACUAGACAAUCAAUUGCAACAUUUACACCGCAUAAAACACUCACCCAGGUAUGUUGAUGUAUUAACUGAGGAAAUAGAGCAAAAGCGUGGAGUAAUGGAAAAAAUGACUACAAUUCAACUAAACAAUGAAGAAAAACAGAAAGAAAUUUUAAAUCAAAUAAACAAUCUGCAGCCUCUUCUCAAAAUUAUUGUACAACGUACGCGAGAAUUACAAGUUGACAUUGAAAAAGAUAUUUCAAAAAAAUAUCAAUUCCGGCCAGUGCAGUUAACAGGAAUAAUUAACAAUUUGUAAUAUAUAAACAUGUAAUGUAUUAAACAUACACACACAUAUAUAUACAUAAAAUGACAAUAUAAAAUAGCAAAUAACUGAU